GUGCAGCUGCUCACUAGCCACCAGGUGGAUGCCGACCUGCGGCAUGAGGCUGGUUGGUCAGCUCUCCAUCUCGCUGUCGUCCGCGGGCAGGCCGACGUCGUGCGUGCUCUGCUGGACGCCGGUGCUGACCCCAACCAGGAGGAUCGUUACGGUGCUGCGCGAUUCACUCGCCACUCUGUCAUUGCCCGGCAGGUAAGAACAUUCGGGCAGCGUGAAUUUUCGUCCGAUUUGGAUCCUUUGCAGCCGGGCCUGGGUUUGACGGCCUUGCACUAUGCAGCGCUUUUUGGUCAAGCCGACAUUAUCAAGCUCCUGAUGGACCGCGCCGCUGAUCCCGGCAUGCACUCGGCUGCGGGAGACGUGCCGCGUGACUUGGCGGCCACGCCCGCCAUCGAGGCCAUGCUGGACGACUAUGCUCAACAAUACGAGACCAUCAAAGCCAAGCAUCAACAGGCCCAGGCUGCCGAGGCUCGUCGCCGCCGGCAGCUCUUCCCACUGGAAGACCGCCUUCAUCGCUACAUUGUCGGCCAGGAUGGCCCCAUCAUGUCCGUGGCCGCUGCUAUCCGACGCAAGGAAAAUGGCUGGCACAACGAAGAUCAUCCUCUCGUGUUCCUUUUCCUCGGUUCUUCUGGCGUCGGCAAGACGGAGCUGGCCAAGCGUAUUGCACAGUACAUUCAUGACGAUGAGUCGCCCCGCGUGCCGGCCUCGUUCGAGGGCUUUGUCCGCCUCGACAUGAGCGAGUUUCAAGAGAAGCACGAAGUUUCGAAGCUCAUUGGCUCGCCCGCUGGCUACGUUGGGCACGAGGAUGGUGGAGUGCUGACCAAUGCGCUCAGCAAAUGUAAAAACGCUGUGGUCCUCUUCGACGAAGUUGAAAAGGCGCAUCCGGAUGUCUUGACUGUGCUCUUGCAGCUGUUCGAUGAGGGCCGCAUUACGGAUGGUCGGGGCCAAACUGUCGAGUGUAAGGAUGCUGUUUUCAUCAUGACCUCCAACCUGGCUAGCGACGUGAUCGCACAGCAUGCCUGGGAGUUGCGGCAGGCUACUUGUGCGCGUCGGCUGAUCACCCGCUUUGACUCACCGCUUACUCGCAUCGUAUAUCAGAGCGAAACUAGUUUUCAGCUUUCACGAGAAUUCAAACAGCAUGUGAUCCGACCCAUUCUCAAGCGACACUUUCAACGAGAUGAAUUCCUUGGCCGCAUUGAUCAGACAGUGUACUUUACGCCCUUUACCGAUGCUGAGCAGCGUGAUCUAAUUCGCAUGGAGCUCGACAACUGGGCUGUCAAGGCAGCCGAGCGGCACAAUAUUGAGCUGUCGUGGUCGGAUGCCGUCUACUCGGUCCUGGCCAGCGAGUUUGACAUUCAUUUUGGUGCCCGCUCGUUGCAACACGCGAUUGACCAGCUGGUCAUCAACCGCAUUGCCAUGGUCCACGAAAAGGUGAGAAUCGGUCGGUGCGCGGGUCGAGGUUGA